AUGCUUAUUCGCGGAUCCGGGAAAGACAAACAAUCGAGAGUGGUAUAUGGCAUACCGACGAUGUGUUUGCGAGCCAUUCUGUUCCCUGAAGCGGGACGCACUGUGGGCCAAGAGUGUGAGCGGUAUUGCGAGUUCAUCUUGGCUCCAGAAUGUCCUGCUUUCAAUCCGGAUCUCAACCCAUCAACCCAUCAGGCUCCGUAUGGUGCCUAUCAGAGAUGGAGGCUUCUGCUAAAUCAAUUAGAAACCUGA